AAUAGAUGGGCCAAAUUGGGCUGGCCCGAACAGGGAAAUCCAAUUGAAGAGGCGUGAAGUGUGUCUGCGAAGAAGAGCGAAACGCAGACGGCGUCCGUGAUGGCAGCGUCGUUCAGGUGGAUAUUACAAUUACACAGGGAUGUUCCAAAAGCCGCACGCUUCUACUCCGAAGGCUUGGAUUUCACCAUCAACGUUUGCACUCUUCGUUGGGCCGAACUUCAAUCUGAUUCUCUCAAGCUUGCCCUCAUGCACUCUCCCAAUGACCAAGCCUCACAGAAGGGGUACUCAUCGCUUCUGUCAUUUACUGUGACCGACAUAAACAGCACAGUAACUAAGUUAAUGGCGUUAGGAGCUGAACUAGAUGGACCAAUAAAAUACGAGGUUCAUGGGAAGGUUGCAGCUAUGCGAUGUAUUGAUGGACAUGUCUUAGGCCUCUAUGAACCUGUGUAAGAUACGUUGGAUAGGAGAUUCAGUAUACAAUAGCCUCUUUUGUCAUGGUAACUGUUUUUUGCCCGUUGUGAUAUUGGGGAAGAUAGUGUUAACAUGUGAUAAUAUAUUAUGCUUUUUCUUUAUGGAUUCCCUGCAAUAAUUGAUAGUGUUCUCUUGUCAACAAGACCUAUAGCAGCAUGAUGUAGCGUGUGAAGCAAUAGAACUGAGAAUAAGGCAAAAUGAUUAGAAGAUUGAAAAAAAGCUAUUCAGAUGCCUUCAAAUUAUCUGUCUUGUAGAUGGGGUUUUGGCUCCAUCCAUAUCUGCUACAAGUGACAGGAAAUCACCUUUUCUGUUUUUUCUUCUUAAGGAGGAUAGCGUCUCUUUCUUACCUGUUGAAUUUUGAUUGAAUUUUCGUCUCGUGUAUUCUUUAUCUCAGUAUUUGGUUCUUUUAUGGUUAUACAUUGAAAAUUGACGUUUUCAAUUAUAACAGUAAUUGUAGCCUUCGCCCUGCAAUCACUCAACGAUUGAAUUAUUUGAUUGCCGACGUGGACUAA